GUUUAACUACGUACCCCAUCAACCACUCUUUAUGGCUUGGAAGUAAUGUUCAUAAGUUUGACAACUAUUGCAAAUUAUUCAAUAAGAUUCUCCUAAUACCUACAGAAUGUCCAUUAAAAACGAUGUCAUCUUGGCCCCGAGCCCCUCCACCACGCGAGGGCAGCCAACACAGCUCUCAUGCGACUCUAAAGGAGAACGCUUAGCCUACGCAUCCAACAAAUCUAUCUUCCUACGCUCCAUUGACAACCCCUCACUCUCAAAACAAUACACGGAACAUAAAGCAGAAACAACAGUUGCGCGGUUCUCUCCUUCUGGCUAUUACGUUGCAAGCGGCGACGAGAGCGGCACUGUCAGGGUAUGGGACUGUGUUGGGGAAGGCAUUACAAAAGGGGAAUACUUCAUUGUCAGCGGUCGUAUCAACGACCUUGCAUGGGACGGAGACUCGCAACGGAUCAUAGCAGUGGGCGAAGGAAAGCAGAGAUUCGGUCAUUGUUUCACUGCAGAUAGCGGCAACUCAGUUGGCGAAGUUACAGGCCACAGUCAGAGAGUCAAUUCCGUAUCCAUUCGGCAACAACGACCCAUUCGCGCUGCCACUGCCGGAGAUGACAAGUCUGUCAUAUUUUACCAAGGCCCGCCAUUCAAAUUCAACACGAGCAAUGGCUCAAAUCAUGUCAAUUACAUCUACGGACUUGCCUUUAGCCCGGAUGGCGCAAAUCUCGUCAGUGUCGGCGGAGACCGACGGAUUUGGCUCUACGAUGGGAAAACUGGGGAGAGCAAGACUCAAAUAGGCGCUGGGGAACACACCGGCAGUAUAUUGGGCGUCUCCUGGUCGCAGGACUCGAGGAAAUUUGUCACAGCCAGCGCGGACCGGACCGUGAAGAUUUGGGACGUGGAGCAUGGGAAAGUCGUGCAGAAUUGGAAGAUGGGCGAGGAAGGGUCCGUGAGCAUACCGGAUCAGCAGGUUGGAGUUGUUUGGCCCUCCGGAAGAAGCGAUGGCCUGAUUAUCAGUCUGGCUCUCUCUGGUAACCUCAACUACCUAGCUGAAGGUAGCGAGAGGCCAACCCGCGUUAUCCAAGGUCCUCAGAAGAGCAUUACCUCCAUGGCUCGAUUUGAUAUUGGCGAUAAGGAAACCCUUUGGACCGGGAGCGUUGACGGCAAACUUUACAACUGGGAUGUAUCGCAGGGAUCCGCAGAACGAGUUGAUGGGGAGGGCCAUCCUAACUAUGUCAAUGGCCUAGCACCCACGGGCGAAGGCAAUGGCCGUAUAUACAGCGUCGGUUGGGACGACACAAUUCGUUCUGUGGACGUAUCUACAAACACAUAUACCGGAAGCGCAACCAAACUUGCCAGCCAGCCGAAGAACGCUGCUGCGGCUGCCAAUAGCAUGGUUCUUGUCGCAAACUCAGAAGGCGUUGAGAUAUUCAAAGACGGAACAAAAGUAGGUGAUUUCGCUUGCGCGGCGUCUCCUGUCAACGUCGUUGCUGCGCAUGGUAGCACUGCCGCAAUUGGAUGCGACGACUCGUCCGUCCGAAUCUGCUCUAUUAACAACCACACAAUAUCCCCCUCGGUGGAAAUAAAAGCUUCAAGAAACCCGAUCACUGCGCUCGCCUUCUCGCCAGAUGGUUCCUUGAUAGCCGCGGGAGAUUCACGUGGGCGCGUGCUAGUCUACAAGACAGCAGAUGGCAGCAUUGUUACAGACCGAUGGACAGCGCAUACCGCACGCAUCACCUCUCUCGCUUGGAAUCCUGAGGGCACCCAUCUAGCGAGCGGAAGUCUAGAUACAAACAUUUUUAUCUGGAGCUUGGCUUGUCCCGGGGACUGGCUGCGGGCUCCCAACGCUCAUAAGGAAGGGGUCAAUGGGGUGGCCUGGAUCACUGGCCGCACCAAAAUCGCAUCGGUUGGGUCUGAUGCCGCUGUUAAAAUAUGGCAGCUGGAAGAUCUUAAGUAAAUAACUAAAUAUGGACUGUUAGACCCUGUGGGGUGGUUGUUCUUGUUGGUCUUCAAAUGAGAGGUAAUGGUAGUUACCAGCUUAGCACAUAGCAUUGAAUGAAAUUAUUUAUGAUUAUACGUAGACUGAUGACGUUUCUAAUUCUAUUAUAUUUAUUUGACUACGGUUUCUAACCAUUAUUGAUUUUAUGUGAAUGUUUUUUGGUUAUGUACAGAGAG